GGUGAGGGGCUGGCCUUUUUGUUCCGCUGGAGAAUCCUGCUUGAACGGUGAGCAGGAGCACAACAGACCGUCAAGAAAUCCCGACGCCGCGGACAAUCGGCGAAAGCACCGGACCGGAGCUGCUAUCACUCCCCGACGACAGAAGGCUGAGUCGGAAUAAGACGCUAUCGUCCUCCAGCUCUGCCGUUAGUAGCUCCAGGGUCAACGGGCAGACAAGCAACGGGCUGCUAUCGCCGUUAGCCUCAACUCCUCUGCGGGUCUGGGGGGCUCGGGUAGGGGCAGGGGGCGGGGGUACACCGAGAAGGGAAAAGACUACACGCCGAGAGGAGGGGGCUGGAAGUCUGAGACGCUUCCAGCCUGAAGGGGCCGGCGGUUUGGCCACAGCACCCCCGGACUAGCUAGCUUGUACCCGCGCGGCUAAGUGAAUGGGAUGGAGCCGGGACCGUCUGGCGCUGUGCCCAUGGGGGUCUUCCCCCCACCUCUGCAGCAGGUGUUCCAUGCCCCCCGCCGGCCAGGCAUGGGCACUGUGGGCAAGCCCAUCAAGCUACUGGCCAACUACUUUGAGGUGGAGAUCCCAAAGAUGGACGUCUACCAUUAUGAGGUGGACAUCAAGCCUGACAAGUGCCCCCGACGAGUCAACAGGGAGGUGGUGGAAUACAUGGUGCAACACUUCAAACCACAGCUCUUUGGCGACAGGAAACCGGUGUACGACGGCAAGAAGAACAUCUACACGGUGCUAGCACUUCCUAUCGGGAGUGAGAAGGUGGAUUUUGAGGUGACGAUUCCCGGGGAGGGGAAGGACCGAAUCUUUAAGGUGUCUAUCCGUUGGCUGGCCAAGGUGUCAUGGCGCCUGCUGCAGGAGACUCUGGUCAGCGGCCGGCUGCAAGUCCCUCUGGACUCAGUUCAAGCCCUGGACGUCGCCAUGCGCCACCUAGCCUCUAUGAGGUACACCCCAGUGGGCCGUUCCUUUUUCUCCCCACCUGAAGGAUAUUACCACCCACUGGGCGGGGGCAGGGAAGUCUGGUUUGGUUUUCACCAAUCUGUGCGUCCUGCCAUGUGGAAGAUGAUGCUGAACAUUGACGUGUCUGCCACGGCCUUCUACAAAGCCCAGCCUGUAAUUGAGUUCAUGUGUGAAGUCUUGGACAUUCACAUUGAUGAGCAGCCCAAGACUCUUACUGACUCGCAAAGGGUUCGCUUCACCAAGGAGAUUAAAGGCCUGAAGGUGGAGGUGACCCACUGUGGCCAAAUGAAGAGGAAGUAUCGAGUAUGCAAUGUCACCCGACGUCCUGCCAGUCACCAGACGUUUCCCCUCCAGCUCGAAAGUGGGCAGACAGUAGAAUGUACAGUGGCCCAGUACUUCAAGCAGAAGUACAACCUGCAACUGAAAUACCCCCACCUACCCUGUCUACAGGUGGGCCAGGAGCAGAAGCACACCUACCUGCCCCUCGAGGUGUGUAACAUUGUAGCAGGUCAACGGUGCAUCAAGAAGCUGACGGAUAAUCAGACCUCCACUAUGAUCAAAGCCACAGCUCGCUCUGCACCUGACAGGCAGGAGGAGAUCAGUAGGCUGAUGAAGAACGCUAACUUCAACCUGGACCCGUACAUCCAGGAGUUCGGUAUCAAGGUCAAAGACGACAUGGCCGAGGUGACGGGCAGGGUGCUCCCAGCUCCAAUCUUGCAAUACGGAGGACGGAAUCGUGCCAUCGCUACCCCCAACCAGGGAGUGUGGGACAUGAGGGGGAAGCAGUUUUAUAACGGUAUUGAGAUCAAAGUGUGGGCCAUCGCCUGCUUUGCCCCCCAGAAACAGUGCAGAGAAGAAGUGCUCAAGAACUUCACAGACCAGCUGCGUAAGAUCUCUAAGGAUGCUGGGAUGCCGAUUCAGGGCCAGCCAUGUUUCUGUAAAUACGCCCAGGGAGCUGACAGCGUGGAACCCAUGUUCAGACACCUGAAGAACACAUACUCUGGACUGCAGCUCAUCAUUGUCAUCUUACCUGGAAAAACUCCUGUCUAUGCGGAGGUGAAGCGUGUGGGAGACACCCUCCUUGGCAUGGCCACACAGUGUGUUCAGGUGAAGAAUGUGGUGAAGACGUCGCCUCAGACCCUCUCCAACCUCUGCCUCAAGAUCAACGUCAAGCUGGGAGGCAUCAACAACAUCCUGGUGCCUCACCAACGGUCAGCGGUGUUUCAGCAGCCGGUUAUCUUCCUGGGAGCCGACGUCACACACCCUCCUGCUGGAGACGGCAAGAAGCCCUCCAUUACUGCCGUGGUCGGCAGUAUGGAUGCCCAUCCCAGCAGAUACUGUGCCACAGUGCGAGUCCAGAGACCCAGACAGGAGAUAAUCGAAGAUCUGUCGUACAUGGUGCGCGAGCUGUUAAUUCAGUUUUACAAGUCGACCCGAUUCAAACCCACCAGGAUCAUCUUCUACAGAGAUGGAGUUCCCGAGGGGCAGUUGCCACAGAUUCUCCACUAUGAGCUACUGGCCAUCAGAGAUGCAUGCAUUAAACUGGAGAAAGACUAUCAGCCAGGCAUCACUUACAUUGUGGUGCAGAAACGCCAUCACACGCGCCUCUUCUGUGCUGACAAGUCUGAAAGGAUUGGGAAGAGUGGGAAUAUUCCUGCAGGGACUACAGUGGACACCAGCAUCACUCAUCCCUUUGAGUUUGACUUCUACCUGUGCAGCCACGCAGGCAUACAGGGUACCAGCAGGCCGUCUCAUUAUUAUGUUCUGUGGGACGACAAUCGCUUCACUGCUGAUGAGUUGCAGAUCCUAACCUACCAGUUGUGCCACACUUAUGUGCGUUGUACCCGCUCUGUCUCCAUUCCUGCGCCAGCCUACUACGCUCGACUCGUAGCCUUCCGUGCCCGCUACCAUCUGGUGGACAAGGAGCAUGACAGUGGAGAGGGCAGCCAUGUGUCCGGUCAGAGCAACGGUCGGGACCCCCAGGCGUUGGCCAAAGCCGUUCAGAUCCACCACGACACCCUGAGGACCAUGUACUUCGCCUGAGCUCCUCCAGCCUCCACCAACGAUCCACCAACGAUCCACCGACCGAUCGUUGAUUGGUUUCCUCCCACCUCAUUUCUACCUGAGUGGGCACAUGGUCCGCCACCACCUCCACUCCCUUCACCCUCACCACCACCACCUCAUCCUCAUCCCUUAUCCCCAAUGACUGCCCACUACACAUCAACUCCACCAACCUGCCGGUCGAGUCACCCGAUUCCAAGAAACACAAGGCCCUUCACCUAUAAAACAGGCAGACUCUACAGCCUCAUGCACUCAAAAGGUUAUGAAUAUUAUUAUUAUUGUAAUUUUGUUGUUUUUACUUUACCAGGACUAUUGCUCUUUUUAUGUUGAAUUUUUAAAAACGUGGGUAUUAUGUAAUUGUAUUGUACGCUACCUUCACACUCCUAUGUAUGUAAGUAUGCAAUACGGAUGGGAGGGGGAUAAUAGGCGAUGAAAAAAAAAAAAAACGCGUUUUUUAACUGCCACCACAAUGCUGCCUCCUUACCAAUCCGAAUGCCGGAUGCCAGUGUUCCAAGCCCCUUACCACGGGGGUUCCUCAAGAAGGGGUGGUACUGGGCACGCACACUUACAUGUAUCAUUUUAAAGUUAUGUCAUGAACUACAUUCAUGUUUUUAAUGUUUUUUAAAUAAUGUAUUUUUUUUUUAAACAGCCUUGAGGAGUCUGAGGUAAUGGUACAUUUAGCACUUAGUGUUAGCAUGUAGGUGCCAUGAGUCCUGCACAUAAAAAAAAAAGAUUUGUUAGUACGUGUGAGGCUAGCCCUCUGGUCUUUAUAUUAGCAGAGACAGAAAAGAGCAGGCGUAGCAUAUCGUAGACACAGAAGAGAAAUCCUACCGCACUCUCUGUGCCAGUUGGCCAGUCCCUUAGAGAAUUAGCCUUAUAGAGGCAGACUUAGCAUAACAGUAGAGGGACCAUUUUGCAUAGAGUGUGUCAAAUAUACUGUACUUGCACCCCAUGCACCUAAACCAGCAUUAUUAACCAGCCAAAAGUGAUGCCAACCAAUGGAAAAAGGGGCACUUACAUAGGAAGAUAAUCUUUUUAUUUCUGCAUGUUCUUUUUGGAUUUUAUGAGGCACUUUUUUUAUUUACCUUUUGCGAUUUUAUUUUAUUUUAUUUUUUAACUUGACUUCAAAACGGUGAGAUUGUCUGUCCUGAGGCUUGACUACUUUGAAGUUUUCACGCUCUAAACACUUGCAUAGCUUUUCAGAACCGAAGGGGCAAUAGGCAAGGUCCAACACACCUCCGUAGAUUUGAAUACAGGCAAAUAGAGAGAAAGAAAAGUCUGUAAUCACUCAAGUGCUGCAAAAAAGCUGAACUGGAAAAUUCAGCUUAUCGACCUUGCUCUUGAUCAUUCUGCACAUUCCGACGUGUAUCGGGGCAGAGAUGACAUCACACCAUGCACUCUAAAAACGCAUCCACCUACGCACUUCAUCUUUGCAUACUUGCCUGCACCCUUACUACACCCGUCCUUUGUUCUAUUCUUCCCUCUUUAGACUCCCAGUAUUUGGUAGCAGAAGCACACACAUUUCUGCCCUCUUGGCCUCUUUCUUGGUGUGUAUUGUCUUUCAAUGCACUUGUCCCCCUUUUUCCCCCUUUAUAUUAUAAACUGUCAUCCAUCAUCACCUCCUUCUCCUCCUCCUGCUGUCUUCUUCUCACUUUUAACAUCACACACCUGCAGCAUCCCCUGCCCCCAAUCCCCUAGUCUGUGUUAGCCAAUCCCCAUUGGUGCUCUGUGUGCAUGGGCGGCACAGAUAAGGGGGACCGCUGCAUUGGAAAGGGUGGGCAGUUAUUACUUCUUAAUAUGCCCUGCCUUUUAUAUCUAGUCACUUUCUGGAUUUACAAAAAAAAAGAAAUGCAUGUAGUUAUUUUUUAAUGACUGGAUAUUCUGAGCCACCUUAUUCUGGUUUCCUUAGAGGUAGGAGCCUUGCGCUCACCACUGCCUGUCAGUCGUUUUUUGCCUCGAUUGUGUAAUAGUUACAGAGACUGCUUUUUUUUUUUUUUCUUUUUCAUUAUUAUGAUGAAUAUUGUGACUAGUGUCAAAGUGUAUCCUCAAGAGGGCACUGUGGAGACGGUCUCAAAAUUCCACCUCAGUUGCCCUUUAAGCGCCUCAAAUCUUGUCUGACGGUGAAAAAAACACCCCUUUGAGCUGAAAGGGAUCAAAAGAUAAGAGAUCAGAUGAGUUUGAUUUUUAAAUCAUGUUUAUGAACUUGCAUAAUCAAAAUGCCUUUGUACACCAUUUUACUGAUCCUUCAUUGUGUCCAAGGUGAUUUGUAUAUAUAAAUAUAUAAUAUUAACCUGUUAUGUAUUUCGGCUCACCAGUUGCUGGGCCUUUCACAGUUGGGGCCAGUGUUCUUAAUCACCCCCCAUUCUGUGACUUAAAGAAAAAAAUAUCAGUCUGGGGGGGAGCAUUUUUUCCAGCACCACUGAAUUCCAGAUGCAGUUCUUCACUCACUGAAGCCACAAAGCACCUUGUAAAUGGGGGAGACGAAAUGGCAAGUCACCCUGGAAAUGCAUCAUGUGGACAGCGGAGAGCGCACUCCUCUCCACACAGCCUCACUGUCUGACUAAGCAAUAUUGAAGCCACUGAUCAAGAACAGUCCUUGUCAUAGCACUUCCCAAUAGAUUUGAAUGAAAGGACAUGGAAGCAUAUUAUUUUGGCUCUGUAUGUGAUAGUAUGGGAACUCUGUUGGGGAGGGUUAUUUUUUAAAGAAAAUAAAAUUGUUUUUUAUUAA